AGCGGAAGUUUGUUGAGGAUCGCCACACGUGUGUUUUGUGGAGAAACGCAAAAAAUCUUUUAGGUAUUUUGCCACGUUUGUUUAAUACAAGUUUCAGAUAAAUAUGACCAAGGUAAAGAAAGAGAAAAACUGCGUUGAAGAGGAUACCGCAGGAACAGAGAAAUCAUAUGAAGAAUUAAUAGCAAAUAUAAACCCUAUCGCAACCCCUCUUGCAUCCCGAAAGCUGAGCAAGAAGCUCUACAAAUGCGUCAAGAAAGCUUCGAAAGUCAAAAAUAUCCGACGAGGAGUGAAAGAGGUGCAGAAGUUUAUCAACAAAGGAGAGACGGGGAUUGUGGUGUUUGCUGGAGACACUCUUCCCAUUGAUGUAUAUUGCCAUUUACCAAUCUUGUGUGAAGACAGAAAUCUGCCCUAUGCUUAUGUUCCAUCUAAAGUUGAUUUGGGUUCCUCUGCUGGCUCCAAGCGACCCACAUGUGUCAUCAUGAUCAAACCCCAUGAUGAUUAUAAACAAGCUUAUGAUGAAUGUCUGGAAGAUGUCUCAUCUCUACCCAAACCGAUUUAAGGACUCUAGUUUUUUAUUUUCAGUAUUAAAAGAAUGAUUGCGUAGAUCACAUCAGUGUGGGUGCUUCAGGUUUAUGUAAAUCAUAUCAGUGACCUCAACUCUGGAUUGAUCUCCUUUAAGAUGUUUUCAAUUUUAGGAAACUGAACAAAUGCACAGAUAUGAUUUAUAGUUUUUAUGAUGUUCAUUAAAUUGAGGUUUAGCUGGAAUGUGCCUUUCGUAGGGCAUUGGAUGGAACCAUUGUUCAGUCUAUUGUAUUUUUCAAUAUGUGGCAUUCUAGAUCUCCGUUUCAUCUGGAUCAACAGUUCAUCUGUUUUAUUACAAUAAUUUUUUCCACAUGUGCUUGUUUGAAUGACAUAGUUUUGAUGGAAUUGACCUAACAAAAUGCUCAAAGGGAUGUCAAAAUAUUUUCUUUUUUGAAUAUGCUUCAUUGUUUGUGGUUUAUUCAAUUCCAAAUGAUGAUGAGAUGACUGUCACAUUUCUUUUGUUAUUGUUUUAAUACAAAAUAAAUUCAUACAUGUAAACAAACUUUUACAGAUGUACAGUCUUACCUUUUACAUUUAUAAAACGAUAAUAUUUGCUCAUAA